AUGCCCAUGUGGAGAUCGGCUGACUUAAUGGAUGGAGAGGAUAUAGCUAGAUGUCCGAGUUGUUCUUUAAUGGUUCGAGUAAUAUAUGAUCCGGACGAUUUUCAGGAUGAUAAUCAAGAAACGACUAUAGAUCUCGGAAAACAAGAGGUCGUCGCUAUGUGA